AUGGGGAGGAUCAAGAAGACCGCCACCGAGCGUCAUGAGGCGACUAUCUCACCCUACAUUACCGACUUCAUCAAGACCUUGGUCGAGCUGCCUCUGCACAAGGUGCCCGAGCACAUCGCGUCAUUCCCACAUCACUGGCCAUUCCCCAGAGGCGACCUCUACCACUGGAUCGCCCCGUUAAAUCGAUUCGACCGCAUUCUUGAUGGUUUCACUACCGUGUAUGCUUUGGACAAGGGCCCACAGACACAGCCAUUCGAGCUACGGCUACUGCAGAAGGGCGAUGCUGAGGAUGGUUCGGUGACCGAAGUGUCGGUGCAAGAGCUCGAGGCAUGUGGAUAUUCAGCCGAUGGAGAUCGCGAGCUCGUAGAGAGCGUCCUCAACUUUACUCGUGUCCUGCUUGAGCGUUGUGGCAACCGCAGUCUGUAUGCUAGCAGCGCACAUCUCAACCACCUACUCAACACUGUCUCCCUCAGCCUGCUCAAAAUCACUCUCCGUGUUAGUUUGCGCUUGGCCCAGAGAUACCACACAUCCCGAAUGCGUAUUGCUUCGCCACACUCGCUCAACGCUCUACUAGCUGGCCAUUACAGCAUCGAUCUGAAUCGCAUUCAGAAGCUCGCCAACCCUUUCCCCAAGAAGCCCGUGGCUACACCCAUCUUCGCUCAAACUCCCUCAAAGAACAAGGAAAAGGAGGAUGCUGUCAAGCCUGGGGUCAACACUGCCGAUAUUGAGUCUUUGGUUAAGGCUAAGGAUGUUCCUCUGUCGUACAAGGAGGAGCUGUCAAGCGUACACUUGACUUAUUACGACAAGACUGAUGUAUCUGCACCUGCAUCUUCUGUCGAGGCUCGCGCCCCCAACACGCCUGGUUCGCCCAUGCCUCCGGUCACACCUACUCCCGUGCGCCGUACCUCGAACCUAGGCCCCGGCUCAGCACGCAGUGAACGUAUGACCACCAACACAGACACUCCCGAGACUCCAGUACGCCCGCAACAGUCAGAGAACCCUCCGGCCGGACCCAAGACCUUUGAACUCUCUUCUGCUCAACUCGCUGGUGCUGACACUUGGAGGAUCAUGGAAGAGAAUGUCACCAAGGUACCAGAGGAUAACCAGUUUGACCUGCUCCAGAGAGUCCGCGUGGCCUCUGCGUUCCAGACAUCCAAGGCAGCUGUCCAUGAUCUGGUUGCAAUCAGGAUCUUGGCUAUUUCCAACCUGUCCUACGUCUAUGGCGAGACCACAUUCCACCAACGCAUUGGUCAGCCGGAUUCCGAAGAGCCCCGCCGAACUCAGUUGGCUCAGCAACUCACAGACCUGCUUCAGCCUCCCAGUUCUGGUCAGGAAGAGAUUUCUCACGAGAUGAUGGUUAUUGUUAUUCAAGCCCUCGAGGCUCUGGCCAAGUGCAAAUCCAAGACUUCCGAGAUUGCCAACGCUCUCAACAUCACUGUCAGCCAUGGUGUUCUUUUCUAUGUUCUCAGAAAAAUCCUUGCUACUCUUGGUGACGAAGAAGCUUCUGAACAAGACCAUGAAUGGUGCAAGGAUGUCUUCGAUCUGGUCAUGACCCUUACCCCGGCAGCACCCCACCCGCAGCGUAACGCGGACGUCCUUGUGGCCGCUGGCUUUGUAGGCAUCUUGGUUGAUAUCCUCAGCCUUCGCACAAAGCAAGCUGAGAUCUACUUCCCCAUUGCUCUUGGCUUCUUCGACAGCUUCAUUCACAACGGAGUGAGAGAUGCAUUCCAGGCCAUCGUCAACGCCAAAGGCUUGGAUGUACUUGCUGAUCUUACUGCUUUCGAAGUCCAGCGUUCGCUUGAGGCCGCGCAAAAGCAAGAGGGUUUGCCCACUGAGUACAAGACCAAGAUUACUGACUUCCAAAUCCCCUUCAAUUCUCAACAGACUCUGCGCCAGCUUCUCAAGUUCGUCGCCCACAUGUAUCAUCACAAUGUUGGCACGGAUGACCGUCUGCUACGCAACUUUGUUGACUCGCCUCAACUUCUCGGUGCACUUCGCAUCAUCUUCGAUAAUGCGUCUGUCUUUGGGUCGAACGUAUGGAGCGGUGCUAUGAACAUCCUCAGCAGUUUUAUCCAUAACGAACCUACCAGCUACCAGGUCAUUGCCGAAGCUGGACUGAGCAAGGGUUUCCUCGAAGCUGUUACCCAGCAGGCGAUCACUGUCUCUGACGUAAUCGUCGAGAAUGCCGAGAACGAAGAUACGGAGAUCUCUGAGGACAAGCCCGAUGAAGUAAUGGCUCAAAAACCGUUUGUACCCGAGACCUCGACCAAGGAAGCUCCCUCUGCAGAGACACCCAAGGCAUUGGGCAUCCUGCCUGUGGGAGAAACCAUGCGUGAGAUCCCCACAGCCUUCGGUGCUAUUUGUCUCAACGAGAACGGUAUGCGUAUGUUCCAAGCAUCACAGGCGUUGGAGAAGUUCUUGGAAAUCUUCGAGAGCCCCGAGCAUGUCAAGGCUAUGGAGGAAGAUGCUGAAGUUCCCCAAUACAUCGGUACUGCUUUUGACGAGCUUGUUCGCCAUCAUCCUCAACUCAAAGAGAGAACCUCAAACGCUGUUGUCGGCAUGGUCCGUAAUGUCAUGUCCAUUUGUCAGCGUCGUGCUGAGAUUAAGGGUGUCGGUGCCAAACUUUGGGUUCAGGACGACAAGGGCUUGCAGAACGCAUAUGAUGCCGAUGACACCAAUUUCUCAGGUCGCGCUGAAGAUACAUCACCAGUUACAGAGACUGAUGUCGAAAGCGAUACCCUGGUCAAGGGCCGUGGUGGUGGACAGUCUAGCUCGGACUUCAUCGCCAUGGUCUGCAGAUUCCUCGGCGGUUUCUUGAGUAACCAUAGCAUGGCAACAGCUUUCUGCGAGGCCGCAGGUGCCGAGACUCUACUCGAUAUGGCAACUGCUGCUUGCAACCCAUACAACUUCCACGAGACUCUUGCGCAGCAGGAACUCAUCAGAGUGCUCCAACAGCUCGUUGAACAUAAGCCCCAUCUGAUCCUUCCAUCUCUUGCUCGACGCACACAACUAGCUUAUUUCCAGCUAAGACCAUUGGCCGAUCACCCUGCGGGCAAGACCUACUUCAGCGAUCUGACGGAACCUGUAACGGAUUCACGCUCUCAGAACAGUCUUGUGGUCUCGAACGCAACGUACACAGCCAAGGCAAUGGUUCAGGCACAGUUCCUCUGCCAUGUAUUCUCUCAGGUUUUCUCCAUGCACGUCUACCACGCAGGUCGCACUGUACCUCAUCACUUUUUCGGCCAAGUCAACCUCACAGACAUUUACACUGACUUGAUCGACGACUUGGGUGAAUUAUACUCUUCAUGCGUCUGGGAGGCCAUCACAAUGCGCAAUAACAUGCCUGAAGACUGGAAAAAGCAAAUCCACAUUUCUGGCAUGAGUUUCGACCAUAGUGAGGCGGACAAUGUCAUGGGCCUGUCUGCCUCUAGCAGCUCACAUUCCAACCAUGCCGAGGCUGGAAGCGCUUCUCAAGGACAGCAGGGCAACGAGGCUCAAAAGAUCGAGGCACGUAACACUGCACAAUUUAAGAAUUGCCAAAUCCUCGCGUCACUCUCUAAUCAAGUGUCCACCGGCAUUCUCUCUUUCUUCCAGGCUGUAGGAAAAUCAUUGCUGUGGAAGCAUUCUUCGCGCACUAUUCUGAGCGAUUACCAGAAGCAGAACGCAGGCAAGAUGGCCGAGCACCUUGCACGCGCCCUAAUCAGCCACAUUGCGACCGCUCAGCCAUCAACCAUGUCGGAGGUUGAUCGUGUUGCUUACGAUAUUGUCGUUCUCACCUCCACACUGCAGACGCUGGUUGACGAGCGAAAGACCACACGCACUGGCGGUACUCAUCGUGAAGUGUUCUCUCUGGUGCUUCUUGCAUUCUACCAAAAGGGCGGUUUCGGAGAAUUGGAUAAACGUCUGCAGCAAUUCAGUACGCUCAUCGAACAGCACAAAGAAGCUUCUCAAGACUCUUCCUCCUCAGACCAGGUCACAUCUUCCAAGCGUAUUCAUGCUCUGGCACUCGCUGGUAUUGACAAGAUCCUGGAGUUCUACAACAAGAUCAGCCAUGCCAAGAACAUUACCGACGCUCAGCAGACCAACGUUAUGGCUGUCCGGGACCGUCAAAAGAGUGAUUUCUUCAUGGGUGCGCAGUUCGUGGUCGAGCUCCGUAACGCUGUCCUUCCUCAAAUCAGUCAGAUGUGGAAGUCGCCCGUCAUGGAGGCUUUACCUGCACACAGCGUGAAGUCGAUUGUGGACUUGCUCAAACUCAUCCUCGAAGGUGAAGGCGAGGCGAACGCUGUCAAGCGCAGUGAGAACCUGAAGCGUCGUGUCGCCGCCGAACCUCGCAAGUUCAAGAUGCGUUCAGAUUCUAAGGACGCUCUUGUGGCAGAAGGUCACGAAGACGAAGAGCUUUUGAUCGAGGCACUUCAUCGUUGCAACAACAACAUGGCAGCCGCCAAAGAGUACUAUGUGCUACGAAGGGACAACCCGGACAGCCACAUACCUCUAUACCCUUUCCCUCACGAAGAAGAGGCCGAGCCGCCUGUCCAGGAGUCAUCUGACACGACAAACGAGCCUGCCGCAUCUGGCAGCGUACCUUCGGUGGAGAUGCAGGACGCGGACGAAGCCGGUUCAAGCACACAAGACACUGAUGGUGAUCGUUCAGAGGCCGAUCUGCUUCUGGGCAAUGGAAACCGCCGUUUGGUGCUACCCCCAGACAUGCUCAAUGGCGGUCUUGCAGAAGUUCUCUCGAACGCCCUCGGCGGUGGAGAAGAAUUGAUGCGUGCUCUUCCAGUUCACAGGCGACUUUCAGAUGAGGCCCAAAGACCCGCUGAUGUUGUGACAGAAGAGAGCUUCAUUACUGUUGAUGAUCUGGACGACAAGCGCAAGGACAUCAAGGACGGACUGAUCGAUAGAUGUCUUGAUGUUCUCAACACUCACACAGAUGUCACUUUCGAACUUGCAGACCUCAUCACAGCUACUAUCACCAAGGCUGGCCAAGAUCAAUCAUCGAAGGUGGAGAUUGGUGAGACACUGGUUAACUCCCUCAUGUCUCUCAGACCCGAAGAAGGUACCCCUCUUGAGGGCAAGAAGAUUGCUUCCUAUGCUCAUCUGCUCGCAUUGGUUAUCCAAGACCGCGACUUCUUCAGUGCAGCUCUCGAUACUCUGACGGAGAACUUUGAGUACUUUGGCGGCUUCAUCAAGAUGUUCCAAGGACAGAAGCCGGACGAGACUUCGCCUUGGGUCAGCAAUGUGCUUCUCAUCAUUGAACGCGUUCUUGCCGAAGACGAAAAGCCUCAGCAGAUCCAAUGGACACCGCCACCAUUCGAAGACCCUCACAAGGAGCAAGACGUCGUCGAGCUUAAGCCUCCGAUUGUUUCUGAAGAAAAGAAGACUACGAUCUUCGAUGCUCUUGUUGAGAUCCUGCCCAAGAUCGGCAAGGACGAGACCCUUGCUCUCUCAGUCACCCGUACACUUGUGAUUCUGACUCGCCGUCGUGCUCUCGCAAAGAAGCUUGGUGAGAAGCUUUCGAUCUCAAGACUAUUUGUCAUGAUGAAGCAACUUGCCGGCGUUGCAGGUGAACGUCUCCAGAGCACAUUCCUCAUCUUGCUCCGCCAUAUCAUCGAAGACGAUGACACCAUUCGUCAAAUCAUGCGUACUGAAAUCCAGUCUACAUUUGAGAGUAAGGGAAUGGCCAGGAGCUACGACACUACUCUUUACACUAGAACGCUGUAUCACCUCGCACUACGCAGUCCCGAGAUAUUCGUGGAAGUCACAAACGAGAAAGUUCAACUUUCGAGAUGGGACAACAGCCGUCCUGGUGGUGCACAGCCGCUUAUGUUGAAGAAGGUGGAGAAGCCUGAAGAGGCCAAGAAGACAGAGGAAUCUACUCAGGGCGAGCCUAGCGCUACCACUGAGCGACCCACUAUUGAGCGUACCAAGACUGGUGAACUCAAGCCUCCGUCGAUCGAGAAUCCUGAUGGCGUUAUCCAGUUCCUACUCAAGGAGCUCUCGUCAUACAAGGAUGUCGAAGACAAGGAAGUGCAGCCUGCCAAGCCUGCUUCUCUUGAGGCUCCUCCUGCCGCCACUCCUUCGGAUGUCGAGAUGUCUGACUCGACUCCUACCCCGGUGGCCGAACCUGCGCCCGCCCCGUCUGCGGACUCUGAGGUUAAGCAGUCUGACAACAAGCCGGCAUUCAACGCUGAUCAGCACCCGAUCUUUGCCUAUCGCUGCUUUAUCUUGCACUGUUUGGUAGAGCUCCUUGGAUCUUACAACAGAACCAAGAUAGAGUUCAUCAACUUCUCACGUAAGGCUGAGUAUCAGGUGUCGACUCCGUCAAAGCCUCGCUCCGGCCUCUUGAACUACUUCCUCACUAGCUUGAUCCCGCUUGGAACUCUGAGUCAUCCCGAAGAUAUCCCUUCAAAGAAGCAGGCCGCCACUGCUAAUUGGGCUAUUAACACUAUUGUCUCCCUCUGCUCAAAGACCAGUGAGCGUGUGAUUAGCUUGAAGAUCUCGACCAGCGACGAAGAGUCUGAUCUCGCCUAUGUUCGUAAGUUCGUUCUGGAACAUGCUCUCAGAUCAUACAAGGACGCAAUGGCAUCAUCUGAGCCUCUUGAUCAGAAGUAUGCACGUCUACUCAGCCUGAGCAACCUCUUCUACCGCAUGUUGACCGGCAAGCAACAAUCCGGCAUCAACCACUCCAUGCUCGAGAUGGUUACCAUCUCACAGAAACAGCUUGGCCGCUUCAUGUAUGAGAAGAACUUCAUCACCGCUUUGACGUCCUCCAUUGCCGAGCUUGACCUUAACUUCCCUGGAGCCAAGCGAGCAGUCAAGUACAUCCUUCGACCCCUCAAGUUGCUGACAGACAUCGGCGUCACUUUAAGCAUCUCUGGAGACGUCUCUGCACCCGGCACUACCGAAGAUGACGAGAUCUCUUCCGCUACCUCCGUGUCUGACGACGAUAACGAGCGUGAAGAAACUCCCGACUUGUUCCGUAACUCUACCUUGGGUAUGUUCGAAGCUGCAAACAGCGACGACGAUGAGGAUGAGUCCGGCUCGGACGAGGCCGAAGAAUACUACGAAGGUGACGAGUACGGCGAGGAAAUGGACUACGAUGAGUACGAAGAAGGCGGUCCCGGUAUGCACGAAGGAGACGUUGUCAGUGAUGAAGACGACGAGAUCGACGGCAUGGGACCUAUCGAAGGUCUUCCUGGUGACAUUGAUGUCGAAGUCGACAUGGACGAAGAUGACAGCGGCGACGAUGAUGAUGACUCCGACAUGGACGAAGCCGACUCAGAUGAGGGCGAUGAUAUCGAGAUCAUCGACGAGAUUACUGGCGACGAUGAGAACGCCAGCAUGGAAGAAGAUGAUGACGACGACGACGAUGUUGAUGAUGACGAAGAAGACUGGGACGACGACGAUGAUGAUGGUGAUGACCCUUACCACCAUGGCGCUCUCCCUAUGGACGCUCUUGUACCUGCACAUGGCGGUCCAUUCGGUGGUGCCGUUGUCCUUGAGGACGACCGUUCAGAUGUCAUGGACCAAAUGGAUGGCGACGAUCCGGUCAUGACUCUCGAUAUGGGCGGACCCGAGGGUUACUUCGAGGACGAGAUGGCCGAGGACGAUGAAGACAAUGAGGAAGACGAAGAUGAAGAAGUCCUUGGCUACGAACCCGAACACGACGAUCCUGAGAACGACGAGAUGGAGUGGGGGUGGGAGACCGCUGCAAUGCCUUCAGCUCACGGAUGGCGCCGCCCUGGUGGUCCCUUCUACACUAUGGAAGACCCUCCUCUUGGACUUCCUCGCUCGCAUCGUGGUGCUGCAGGUGGUGGCGAUCAAGAUGGCACUAAUCCUCUUCUUCAACGAUCGGGCGGCAAUCCCGGUCCCCCGCCUCGCCCUGGUGAUAUGCACGACUGGCUUCACCAACACCGCCCUAGACUUGGUGGUCAAGAUGGGCUCUCCUUUGUCAGCGAUCUUAUCCAGAUGGUUGGCCCCUCGGGGGCUAGAAUCAGUGUCGUUGAUGGCUCUGGUGGUCUUGGCUUCCCUCCUGCUGCUUUGGCUGGUGGCAUGCCACCUGCCGUGUUCCACAUCGCUGGUGGUCCUGGCAGAUUCGGACUUCCUGAUAUCCGCGCCAUUCAGCGUAUCACCAGAGGUCUUACCGGCCGCGAUGCACCCUCAAGCGGAAGAGCUUCCUCUACCGAUCCCGUUGCAGCUGUUUCCUUCACGCCUACACUUACUAGCCUUCGUUGGCAAGAAGAGGCUCGCUUGUUGUUCGGUCAUCAUCACCUGGAGAGAGCUAUGAAGCUCGUCGACUCCUUGUUGCGUCUUCUCGUGCCUCCUGCCAUGGACGCCAAGCGUCAGAAAGACAAGGCUGAUGCUGAGCGCAGGGCCGCUGAAGAAAAGGCUCGCGAGGAACAGCGCCAGAAGGAAGAGGAAGAGCGUCUUGAGCGUGAGGCUCGUGAGGCUCGUGAACAAGAAGAGCGCGAAGCCAAGGAGGCCGAAGAGGCUGCAGCUCGUGCUCGUGAGGCUGCUGAGCGUGGCGAGACUGCUGAAGGCAUCGAGAGUAUGGAAGGUGUCGAACAGCCUGCAGAAGAUGCCGCAGAAGCUGCACCCAGAGUUAUGACCAACAUCCGUGGUAGAGAAAUAGACAUUACCCACCUCGGCAUUGAUCUGGAAUAUCUGGACGCACUUCCCGACGACAUGCGCGAGGAGGUCAUCAUGCAGCAAUUCCAGGAGCAACGCUCGCAGGAGAGAACACAAGACACUACAACCGGGCAGCCUAGCAGAUCCAGCGAAAUCAACCGCGAGUUCCUUGAUGCGCUGCCGCCGGACAUUCAAGCUGAGCUGCUUGCUUCUGAAGCCGCUGAUCGUCGCCGUCGUGAACGCGAUGAACAGCGCCGUAGAGCAGCCGCCAGCGGCAAUGCUCCUCCCCAAGCUGGUGAUAUGGAUAUGGCAGACUUCUUCGCAACUCUGAACCCCGCUCUUCGCCAGCAGGUCCUCUUAGACGCUGACGAUGGCACACUUGCUGGCUUCCCUGCCGAGUUUCAAGCUGAAGCUCGCACUCUUCUGGGCAAUAUCCAGCGUCACCGUGGUGGCGCUCGUGAGAGACGCGAAACUGAUCGUGCUCAAGACGAACAAGAAGCACCUGAGCCCGAAGAGCAACGUGUCCGCAGACCUGUUAUCCAGAUGCUCGACAAGUCCGGCGUGGCCACCCUCCUGAGAUUGAUGUUCGUCGCCAUGCAGGACAGCGCACGUACCACAAUGCAGGCAAUCUUGUCAGAUAUCUGCAAGAAUACCCAAAACCGCGCCGAGGUUAUCAGUGUUCUCCUUUCCAUCCUACAGGAUGGCAGCUCCGACGCCAAUGCUUUGGAGAAGAGCUUUGCACACCUCACCCUUCGUGCUAAGCAAAUCUCUGGACAAAAGACGCCACAACCUCUCAAACGCGCCUUGACUGGCACACAAUUCGCAUCACCCAGCGGAGACGUUUCACCUCUUAUGAUUGUCCAGCAGUGUCUUUCCACAUUGACCCAUCUCGCCAAUGAGAACCCUCGUGUCAGCUCGUUCUUCCUUUCUGAGCAUGAGACCAGUAUCAGCCAGAGAGCCAAGUCGUUGAAGAAGGGCAAGGGCAAGGAGAGCAAGGCUGCCAAGUAUCCUCUCAAUGCGCUGCUCACCCUCCUUGACCGCAAGUCUAUCAUUGAGAACUCUUCUGUCAUGGAGGGCUUGGCUUCUCUACUCAUCCGCGUCACUGAGCCUCUGAAGAUUCUUCUCAGAAAGUCAAAGGACGCUGAAAGAGAAAAAGAGAAGGCUGCUGAGACUGCUGCCAGUGCAUCUACUGAUGUGCCCAUGACUGAGGGUGAAGCUUCGACCAACACGGAUGCGCCCGCCGAGGCUGACAAGCCGCAAGAGCCUGCCGCAAAGAUAGAAGAGAAGAAGAAGCACAGAGACCUUACUCCUCCUGAGGUUCCAGAAGAGAAUCUGCGCUUGGUCGUCAACAUCAUUGCUGCACGCGAGUGCAACGCAAAGACCUUCCAGAGUACACUCGACAUUAUCAACCACCUCUCAGCGAUUCCUGGAGCCAAGGACACCUUUGGCAAGGAGCUGGUCCAUCGUGCUCAAGACUUGGGCGACGCUGUUCUGGUUGAUCUGCAGCAGCUCGCUCCUCAGAUCCAGAAUGCUAAGACUAGCACCGAUAUUCAGGGUAUCGCUUUGGCCAACUUCUCGCCCGCCAGCUCCCAUCAGAGCAAGCUAUUGCGCGUCUUGCUGGCGCUCGACUACCUUUUCGACCCCAAGCGCUCUGCGUCUCACGACAGACAAUCAUCCUCAGCUGAAGCUUUACCCUCAAAGGCCCGCCAGGAUUUGUUGUCAACGCUCUACGAGACUUCGAUAUUCGCCAAGCUCUGGUCUAAUCUGAGUGACUGCUUGACUGCUAUCCGCGAGCGUGGCAGUAUGAACAACGUCGCUACCAUCCUUCAGCCACUGAUUGAGUCUUUCAUGGUUGUCUGUAAGAACACUACUUCCAAGGAGGCCAACCUUGCUGCUUCACAGGAGCUGUCAAUCGGUACCCCUCAACCAGACUCGCGCAUUGAGAAGCUCUUCUUCUCCUUUACCGAGGAGCACCGCAAGAUCCUGAACGAUCUCGUUCGCAACAAUCCCAAGCUCCUCAACGGUACAUUUGAUGUUCUGGCCAAGAAUUCCAAGGUACUCGAGUUUGACAACAAGCGCAACUACUUCACUCGCAGAAUGCACACUCGCAACUCCGAGGAUCGUAUUGCUCAUCCUUCAGUUCAGCUCAACAUCCGCCGUGAUCAGAUCUUCUUGGACUCCUUCAAGAACCUUUACUUCAAGACACCCAACGAGAUCAAAUAUGGCAAGCUCAACAUUCGCUUCCAUGGCGAAGAAGGUGUUGACGCUGGUGGUGUCACUAGAGAGUGGUUCGCAGCUCUCUCAAGACAGAUGUUCAACCCCGACUAUGCCCUCUUCAACCCUGUCGCUUCCGACAGAACAACCUUCCACCCCAACCCCAUGAGUGGCAUCAACGAUGAGCAUCUCACCUUCUUCAAGUUCGUUGGUCGUAUCAUCGGAAAGGCCAUGUACGAAGGCCGUGUCUUGGACUGCCAUUUCAGCAGAGCCGUUUACAGACGUAUUCUUGGCAAGCCCGUCUCGCUCAAGGAUAUGGAGACUUUGGAUCUUGACUACUACAAGUCACUCUGCUGGAUCCUCGAAAACGAUAUUACCGAUGUCACCUUCGAGACUUUCUCGGUUGAGGUUGACAGAUUCGGAGAAACCGAGACUGUUGAUCUGAUCGAGAAUGGUCGUGACAUUCCUGUCACUGAGGAGAACAAGCAAGAGUACGUGCGUCUGGUUGUUGAGCAUCGUCUGAUCAAGUCAGUCGAGGAGCAGCUCGAGCAUUUCUUGAAGGGCUUCCACGAAAUCAUCCCCGCCGAACUUGUCUCAAUCUUCAACGAGCAAGAACUCGAACUUCUCAUCUCGGGUCUUCCCGACAUCGAUGUCGACGACUGGAAGAACAACACCGAGUACCAUAACUACCAGCAAACCUCGCCACAAAUCCAAUGGUUCUGGCGCGCUGUCCGCAGCUUCGACAAGGAAGAAAAGGCCAAGCUUUUGCAGUUCGUCACCGGUACCUCAAAGGUCCCACUCAACGGCUUCAAGGAGCUCGAGGGUAUGAAUGGCUUUACCAAGUUCAACAUUCAUCGUGAUUACGGCAGCAAGGACCGUUUGCCUAGCAGUCACACUUGUUUCAAUCAACUCGAUCUCCCUGAAUAUGAGACUUAUGAGCAGCUGAGACACCAGAUGAACACUGCCAUGACGCAAGGAAGUGAAUACUUCGGUUUUGCGUAG